AGGUGCCCCGUUUCUACCGGAAGCGGAAGUGUUCUGCGCCGACGCAUUACAGUCAUGGGAGCAAAAGCAUGGCAUCCUUAGCAAGAAAGUUGAGGUCAUUGAGACUGUCAGUCAGGACGUAUGAUAAUUUCUGCAAAAGAUCAGUGGUAUCAGGUCGCAAUGACAUCAGAGUGAUCAACUACCUAGACAAUGAGAAGGUGGAGCGUCAUCGGCGAACACCACUGUCCCAGCACCCUGAUGUAAAGGACAUUGAGAACGUAGUCGUGCGGCGCCAUGUGGAACUGCCUCCAGACUUCAGCAAUGUGAUGCCCGAGUUCCUCCCAUCACCACAUGUGGAGCACCGAGACCGAGUCCGAGAACUGCUAGAGAGGGAGGACAUGUACCGACGCCGAGAACAAAUUGAAAUCCCAGAGUUUUAUGUUGGCAGUGUUCUGGCUGUGACAGUGGCAGACAAAUAUACAGCUGGGAAGACAAACCGCUUCGUUGGUAUCUGUACUCGUCGUAAUGGCCAUGGACUCCGAGCCUGCUUCAUUCUGAGGAAUGUGGUGGAUGGACAAGGUGUGGAGAUCAUGUAUGAGAUGUACAACCCUGUAGUGCAGAAGAUGGAGGUCCUGAGGCUGGAGAAACGCCUCGACGAAGAUCUCAUGUACCUGCGUGACUGUCCCCCCGAGUACUCCACCUUCCCCAUGGACAUGGAGGCCACACCCCUUCCUAAAGGCAGCUCUGUGUCAGUCAACACAAUGAAGGUGAAGCUGAAUCCCCCUCCGUGGCAUGAGAGGUGGGAGAGGAUGGACUUGAUGGGGGUGGAGGAGUUCCAUGUGUCUGAGAAGAGGCAACGGAAGGCGGCAGCAGUAGCGAAACCAUGGGAGAAAUAUGACCUGAUGAAACACUACAGGGAGAGCAUUAACGAGGUGGAGUCACGAACGUUGAUGAAGGAGGUGUUCCUCAGGAAGCAGAAGAUAGAUCAGGAAUGGUCCAGCACCAAGAGGGUUCUUCGUAAGCGGUGACACUGAAAGGUGUGACAUGCAACAUUCUGAGGACAGACUAAUGUGUUCAUUCUGUGGUGAUUCUGGACAGAGUGGACGGGGUUUGGCUGGAGGAGAUGACCUGGACAAUCUCCAGAAGCUGCGAACCUGGACUUUGUAUAUAUGUGUUAUGGGUGGAUUAGAAAUAAAUACUGAAUUGACAUUCAA